AUGCUGGCUUUACUUUUACUACUGGGUAUCUGUAUGGGAAGUAUUGAGAAUGCUGUUUUGGACCCGUCCCUGUACCUUCUGCCCAGCCCCCCUCUGAGCGGCAAGGUCCCAGCGUGGUCCCAACCAAGUAGAGUGACGAGAGAAGCUGCUACGCAUGAUCCAAUUAUAGAGUCAAAAACCACGACAACUGAGGAGUCGGAGUCAAUGGAAAGUGCUGAGACAUUUUGGUCUAGUAUGCGAACGUCGGGGUACGGUCUCGGUGGCAUCCACAUACCGCUGACGUUCAGCGUAUCUGGCACCUACGGCAGCGACGGCUACGGCUCCGGCGUAGUCGGUAGCGGCUACGGGUCAGGCGUAGUCGGUAGCGGCUACGGGUCAGGCGUAGUCGGUAGCGGCUACGGGUCCGGCGUAGUCGGCGGCUACGGCACCGGCUUGCUGGGCUACGGGGCCAGUGUAGCCGGCACAUACGCGAGCGUUUCUUCUGACGAGCCAGCCAAGUUCAGCAAUUACGGCAAGUCAGCAUUGGCGGGAAGCAGCUACGGAACUUACGGGUCCGGCUACCCAGGCGUGAGACUGUUCAGUGGAAACAGCAAGCCUGGCUGGAGCGGAUGGGGAAAUGGAAAGUGGGGGCAUUACGGGAAAGGGUUACUAGACCAAUCUGCCAGGUAUGUGGAUGCAUUAAGACACAUUUUUGUAGAGCGUCGUCACACAUCGACACAAGUUUGCGCCCUGCAGUCUGUAGGUACCCGUGUGUAUAAAUACUUGCAUUGUAUGGGCCACCACCAUCAGUACUCCGCAGAAAUUGGAACAAUGAAGACUAUCUUCUCUCUUGGUUUGCUGAUGUGCAUCGCGCUGGCGUACGCGUCGGCCCUCCCAGCGCCCGAAGGCGAUGCCACAGACCCUGCUGCUGUCCUGACCGCUCCUACUGAAAAUGAGGAACUCACUCCUGAGGAGUCCCGCUGGGGUUACGGGGGCUGGGGCAGAGGCUACGGCGGUUGGGGUAGAGGCUACGGAGGUUGGGGUAGAGGCUACGGAGGGGGUUGGGGGCACGGAGGGGGCUGGGGGCACGGUGGGGGGUGGGGACGAGGCUAUGGAGGGGGCUGGGGACACGGCGGCGGAUGGGGCUGGGGACGUUAAAUAUUAUAAUUAGCCUACCACAAAUUUCCUAUGUAAUUUUUAACUUUUAUGUCUAUGUAAUAUAAGAUUUAAAAAUUAUUUGCUGAUUUAUUUGUGGUACGGUGAGUGACGUCUACACCAAGUACCUUUUUGAG